UCGGGUGACGGACAUGAAGAUGUGCAGAUUGCCCAAGCGAACGUGGCUGCUCCAGUCGGUUGUUCUGAUGAUACUGCUCGUGGAGUUGCAGCAGCCCAUCAGUGGAUUGGAACAAAGUACGGACUAUUCGGUGGUUAGCAAGACAGCAGGAGUGGCAACCACCACAUCUGCACCACCCACUCUAGUGCCACCACUGCGAAUUUUCAAAGGUCGCAUUCAGACAACAACUCCUUCCACAAGAAGUACUUCUGGUAAUCGUCCAUUGGCCACUGGCGCUGAAGCGCAACAGGAAUUGGUUGGGAUCUCCUCCAAGUCGUAUAUUUCUGGACCUACCACACAGCCUUCGAAGUUGUCAAAAAGAGCUGGACUGGCAGGACCCAAGAAAUUUCCCAAGGAUGUGCGCAAUCGCAGCAGUAACGCACUGGAGCGCAACAAGCUGCAGCAUGAAGUUACCGAUCACGUGCCUGACUCCUCUGGCUACAUACCCCAUCGAAUUGGUCAUCCUGUGCAUUUGGAUUAUGGACCUACGGGAGUGGAUUCAAGUGGUGCUCCUACUGGUAGCGGUGGCUAUCAUGCGGUGCCCUAUGAGAGCAGCAAGUGGCAGGAGGAAUACUGGGAUCAGGAGUAUGCAGGACAUCAGCAUCAACACAAUGGAACCAGAGUUCAACAUAUCGAAGCGGAGUGUCAGGAUGACUAUAUGAAAAUACGCAUUGGAUUCAAUGGCUCCUUUAGUGGAUUACUGUAUUCAGCUGGAUAUGCCUAUGAUCCGGAUUGCAUGUACAUCAAUGGGUCUGGCCGGGACUACUACGAGUUCUAUAUCCAGUUGAAUCGCUGUGGUACUUUGGGGAAAAAUUCUCUGCAAGAGGAAAGUCGCAAGAAUCCCACGAAUUUUAUGUGGAACACUGUAACUGUUCAAUAUAACCCCUUGAUUGAGGAAGAGUACGAUGAACACUUUAAGGUCACCUGCGAGUAUGGCUAUGACUUCUGGAAAACCGUGACCUUUCCCUUUCUAGAUGUGGAAGUGGCAACUGGCAAUCCUGUGGUCUUCACUCUAAGUCCGCCCGAGUGCUACAUGGAGAUCCAAAAUGGUUAUGGCAUUGGAGGUCCAAGGGUAACAGGUCCAGUGCGUGUGGGCGAUCCGCUGACCUUGAUCAUCUAUAUGAGGAGCAAAUAUGACGGCUUCGACAUAGUGGUCAACGAUUGUUAUGCCCAUAAUGGCGCCAACAAGCGGAUACAGCUCAUCGAUCAGCACGGCUGUCCGGUGGAUGACAAGCUCAUCUCACGCUUCAGGGGCUCCUGGUCGGAUUCUGGAGUGUACGAAACCCAGGUGUAUGCGUACAUGAAGACCUUCCGCUUCACUGGAUCCCCAGCGCUCUAUAUCGAGUGCGAUGUGCGGAUGUGCCAUGGACGGUGUCCAAGCCAACCAUGUCACUGGAGGAAUCUGAAAGCAGUGACCAAGCGCGAUACCUCCAACAUGACAGCCACGAACAUCUCGAUUCCUCCAUUGUCAGCCGAUGGAGAGGGACUGACCACAGAGAGCCCGCCAGCCAAUUCCCUAUCCGAAAAUGUGAACCUUUUCCAGUCCCUGCGUGUUCUGCAAGAGGGUGAAACUGAUGGCGAUGAUGUGUAUGCCCAUCGGCAGACGAAACCCUUCUCACCACAUCAAACAUGUUUGAAGACCUCCACAUUUUCGGCAUUGACCGCUGGCUGUUCAGCGGUAUUAUGCGUGCUAACAGUAACCCUUUUCAUUGCCUGUUCGAGACUAAAACGUCGCAAGGAGUCCUCACUGUACGACUCUUAUAUUGCACACAAAGGACAAAUCGAUUGAUGAAACCCAAAUUGGCCAAAUUUUGGUCUUGUUCUGAGCACAUUGUGUAUAUAGCUUAUGGCCCACGAAAUUCUGUUUUAGUUAGAGCUAAGUUUGCUGUAGUCUUUCCUUAGGUUCUGAGUGCUAGUUUUAAGUUUUGAUUUUGCCAACUGAUCGUGCGUGGAAUGGAAUCUCCUGCGAUUUCUAAAAAUUA